CGAGCGCUCUCUUUCCACUGACCCUGAACCCCUCCCUCGUGCGUGCGUUCGUCUAUCCUCGAAAAGGAUCUUCGCGAUCCACCUCACUCGCUCUGGAUUCUUUGACACCAGUGUGGUAUCACUUAAUCGCUGCCCGGUAGCAGGAGCAGUAGAAGGUCAUCAUCUCUUUGUCGCCUGUUGUUGUGGAGACCGGGUCGGAGGUCCGCCCAUCUUAUUUACCUCACAAGGAACACCCGUCUGACCAGGCGAUCGCCCAGUGACAUUACUUUCGUUGCUUCUUGUUGAAGGGGAGAGUUUGCAGACAAAAUGGGAUUCGGGGACUUUGAUUCAAUCUGCGAAAAGGCACCAUUGCCUCUGUGCUCCUUGGUGGGCCCUCCGUCAUCGAUCUCUGGCUUAACUGGUAUCAUCCCCACCUGCUAUGCACGCAACAUCGAAUUGGCGAACACGAUCAUCUUCGAGGGCGCCGCUUCGUUCAUCCAUAUCAUUGCCCUCGGGAUGACGGUGAUUAUGAUCUUACAUAUUCGAUCGAAGUUCACUGCUGUUGGCCGCAAGGAAAUCCUGACAUUUUUCUACAUCUACUUGCUCCUGACCAUGUGCUCGUUGAUUCUCGAUGCGGGCGUGACACCCCCGGGAAGUAGCUCGUUCCCCUACUUUACUGCUGUGCAAAACGGGUUGGCCUCGGCACUCUGCACCUCAUUGCUCAUCAACGGCUUCGUGGGCUUUCAGCUCUACGAGGAUGGCACCACUCUUUCCAUCUGGCUUGUGCGACUCAGCUCGGCAGCUAUGUUUGUCGUCUCCUUCCUCGUGUCUCUCGCUACCUUUAAGUCGUGGGGGAGCCUCGGCCCUACUAACACCAUCGGCAUGUUUGUCGUGCUGUACCUUGUGAACGCCAUUUUCAUUGUGAUUUAUCUGGUUAUGCAGUUGCUCCUCGUUCUCAACACCCUCGAAGAUCGCUGGCCACUGGGCCACAUCGCCUUUGGCCUGGUGAUGUUCAUUUGUGGUCAAGUACUUCUAUAUGCCUUCAGCGACACGAUCUGUGACAAUGUGCAACACUAUAUGGAUGGACUCUUCUUUGCAACCCUUUGCAAUCUGUUAGCGGUCAUGAUGGUGUACAAGUUCUGGGAUUAUAUCACCAAGGAGGAUCUUGAAUUCUCGGUUGGAAUCAAGCCAAACACCUGGGAGGUCAAGGAACUCCUCCCCGAAGAGGAUCGCCGGCAGACGAUCUAUGCCGAUGCCGACUCGGAAUAUGCUGGGAGUAUGUACCAUCACCGGGCCUCCACCUAUCACGGCCACAAUUACUAGGCUAGCAAGCGUGUCCACGCCGUAUCUAGUUGCGAUUCAGAACAGCCUUUGGCAUCCCUCGCCAAUCCCACCAUUAAAAGACCCCAAUUACUCGUCAGCGCGGGCCGAAUUAUGGGGCGGCGCGGAGACGCUGCGACACCCAUACCAUUUUCAGCCCCAAGCGCUGUGUCCAAUGUUUUUCUAGCCUUAUUUGACUUCUAAUACUGUUCUGGCCAUUGUGAAUAGUCGACGCUCGUCUUGUUUGGUCAUUUUCAGGCGCGAUCGGGA